AUGCUUCUGGUAAAACCCAAAUGGAGAUUAGUAAUAGAUUUUAGAAAACUUAAUGAAAAGACCAUUCAAGACGCUUAUCCGCUUCCAAAUAUAGACGAAAUAUUAGAUCAGUUAGGUAAUGCGCGAUAUUUUUCUGCUUUUGAUCUGGCAUCGGGUUUCCAUCAAAUCGGCAUGCAUCCCAAAGACAUUCAGAAAACAGCCUUUUCUACUCCAAACGGACAUUAUGAAUACACUCGAAUGCCCUUCGGUUUAAAAAAUGCACCUCCUACCUUUCAAAGAAUGAUGAAUCGGGGCUUAAAGGGAUUAAUUGGUAAUAAUUGCUUAGUUUAUAUAGACGACAUAAUAGUUUAUGGAAAAACAAUCGAAGAGCAUAACAAAAAUUUAAGAAUAUUAUUUGAAAGACUUAGACAGGUCGGGCUAAAAUUACAACCCGAUAAGUGCGAAUACCUCAAACCGGAACUUGAAUAUUUAGGGCACGUUAUUUCGGAACAAGGCAUACAACCUAACCCUAAUCGAAUCGAGAAGGUAAAAACUUACCCAGUACCAAGAAAUCCGAAAGAAAUCAAACAAUUCCUUGGGCUAGUCGGUUACUACCGUAAAUUUAUCAAAGACUUUUCCAAGAUAGCGAAACCGUUAACACGAUUACUCCAAAAAUCCUCAACCUUUCAAUGGACUAACGAACAACAACAUUCUUUUGAAUCUCUCAAAUCCAAGUUAAUAACGCAACCUGUAUUAUCUUAUCCUGACUGGAACAGACCGUUUGUUUUGACCACUGACGCAUCUAAUGAGGCCAUCGGGGCAAUACUCUCACAAGGAACAAUAGGCAAAGACAAGCCAUUGGCUUUUGCCUCUAGAACGCUUAAUAAAGCAGAGACUCGAUAUAGCACUACGGAAAAAGAAUUACUCGCAAUUGUAUGGGCGACAAAACAUUUUAGACAAUAUUUAUACGGAAAAAAAUUUACAAUCGUAACGGACCAUAAACCUUUAGUCUGGCUAAUGAACGUGAAAGAUCCUAACUCCAGAUUAAUGAGAUGGAGACUUAAAUUAGAAGAAUUCGAUUACGAAAUUGUUUAUAAACCGGGAAAAACUAAUACUAACGCCGACGGACUGUCACGAAUUCCAGUAAAUGCAAUCGACUCCUAUCUUUCCGAUGAAGAUAUCGAACACAUAUUAUCAGACAUAAUAAAAGAGAAACGCGAAAUUAAGAUUGCUUUUAACAAAGAUCCAGUUCCGGGAUGGUUAAAUAUUGAUCCGAAAUCUGUCUCCUUGGAAAAUCUCUUAACUUUAAUAUCACCAAUCAUUGAGGAUACAAAUGCUGAUCCUGACAAAUGGACGUUAUAUUUCAUAGGACCUAUUAAUACCAAGACACGAAACACUAUAGACGCUUUAAUUAACACGUACAACUUGCAGUCUAAAACUAAGACGAUAAUAGAAGAACGACCGUCUCAAUGGUUUGAAGAUAAGUUUCCACUACCAACUCCAACGAACGAAUACUUACCUGAAAACGAUUACGAAAUACAAAAGGGACCAUCAUCUUCUCCCUCAAUUCCAUCCUCAUCCAAACCAAAAGUGAAUAAACAAAUAAUAGUAAGAAAUCAAGUCGGUAGGCAAACCAAUAAAACAAUAUUAUUUAUCGAAACCCCUCCUGAAAUUACUAGAGAAAACGAAGUUUAUGUAUCUCCUCACGCAACUCACAGACAAUUAAGUAUUCAACUACAUGACUUUUUAACUGAGAACGAUCAUCAUCUAAAUAUAAUACACGAUCAGAAGGAAGUUAGUAAAUUGAUUUCAGUUAUCGACGAAUAUUAUCUUGGAGACAAAUUAUACAUUUACGUUUCUCAGUAUCUUCCAGAAAUUAAAAAUAAAAAUGAAAUUAUAUCGGAUGCACAUUCCGGCAUAUUAGGCGGUCAUUAUUCAACAGAAAAGACGCUUCAAAAGAUUAGACAAAAAUACAAUUGGCCAAACAUAACUGUUGACGUCAAAGAAUUCAUUGACAAGUGUGAAUUAUGUCAACUCAACAAGCCAGGUACUCAAAAACCUUACAUCUAUUCUUCUCCUGAUAUCCCACAAACUCCAAAUGACAAAAUAUCCAUCGAUAUCAUGGGACCGUUUGAAAUAACAAACAGAGGAAACCGGUAUAUCCUUGUUACCCAAGACUACCUGACACGAUAUAUUCUCGUAGAACCUCUAGUAGAUAAAUCUACGGCCGCGAUUAUUAGAGCCUUGUGGUACUCCUGGCUCAGAUAUUUCGGAAAACCUAAAGAACUACUUUCCGAUAACGCUUUAGAAUUUACUUCUAACGAAUUUAAGACACUUUGUGAUAAAUUGCAUGUAAAACACGUACUAACUUCAGUUUAUCACCCGCAAUCGAACGGAAAAAAUGAGAGAUCACACUUAAUACUAACCGAAUAUAUUAGACAUUACAUUAACGAACAAGAGCAAUGGGAUAUGAUACUACCCCAAGCAAUGCUCACAUACAAUUGCACAGUUAAUAAAAAUACAGGCUAUACGCCUUACGAGUUACAAUUCGGUAGGGAACCAAAUCACAUCUUCAGUGAAGAAGAUGAAAGGGUAACCCUUCAAAAACAAAUUGAAGACUCACGUCUUCAACACGAAAAUAAAUUGGAAGAAGCGCGUAGGAGCAUACGCGACUAUCAAAAUUCCAAUAUUCCUAUCAAAAAUUACGUACCAAUUGAAAGCAAUGAGUUGAUUCUUGUAAAGAAUUUCAAUGCCAAGUCAUUCGAGCCACAAUGGAAAGGUCCUUUUCCUGUUGUUCGACAUGACAAAUUCAUAACAUAUCAUAUUAGAGAAAACGGAGAAAUUAAACAAUAUCACAGAAGUGAUAUUAAACCUUUCGUUUCAGGCAAUAGGAAUGGAUCUGAUACGAAUCAUUCCGAUACUUCUUCUCCUGAUUCCCCAGGGUCAUCUUACUGA